AUGGGCCGACUAUAUCUCCUUUCUCAGUCGCCUGCUAAAGGCGCUUCAAACCCACCCCCUGAUCAACCUGUCGUCCCGCAUAAGGUGCUGGUUUCGAAACGACUUGCGCAAUGCUUGAACCCAUCGUUACCUUCAGGCGUUCACCAGAAGGCGCUUGAGGUUUAUACGUACAUAUUCGGGCUGAUAAAGCUCGAGGGACUGUCGCAUGAUCUCCCACUGUACCUGCCUGGCCUUGCCCCAACCUUGACCUUCGCUUCGCUCACCGUCCGUCCGCUGUUCCUAUCGCUAGUAGAAGGCUAUAUCGUUGAUUUGGAACCAUGGGCCAUUCGUCCCGCCCUGAAAGCAAUCCUUCUUGCCUUGCUCCCAGGGUUGGAAGAGGAGACAAGCGACGACUUUGAACCAACAUUACGGAUAAUCAACAAACUUCGUGAUGUUUCUGGACAACUUGAGACACAAAGAACGUCCGAGGCGGGUUCUUCAGGGCAAUAUUUCUGGCAAUGCCUCUUUCUGGCAUCAAUCACCAAUUCUAGCCGACGGCUCGGCGUGCUCGCAUACCUGAACCGUUAUCUCCCUAAGCUAGGCAUUGCCGAUCGCCGCCCAAGCACAGCGGAUGGCAUCGAUAUGAAGGACGUACCGGCCGAGAUUUUGGCGGCUGCCGAUUCCGUCAUUCUACCAGAGCCGGGCCUCUUGAUUCGUUGUUUUGCAUCGGGUCUCUCUGAUGAACAGCUUUUGGUGCAGAGGAAUUUCCUUGAUUUGUUGGUUACUCACUUGCCCUUAAGCUCUCCGAUCUUACAGUCUCGAAUCGCCGACAAGGAUCUGCAAACACUGAUCGUUGCUGCCGUGGGCGUGGUUGGGCGACGAGACAUGAGCUUGAACCGCCGACUUUGGGCGUGGUUCUUGGGACCAGAGCCCACGAAUGAGCGGCAUUCUACAGACAACCGAAAAUUCUCAUCCGAAACUACUCGUUCGUCCUCCGUUGACGGCAAGGAACUUUCGCAGUCUCAAUAUUUCAGCCGCGUUGGUUUGCAGCCCUUGAUCAACGGUCUACUCCAUAUGAUUAAACAAGCUCCAACCGUCCCAUCUGAAAGAACGAGGCCUUUUCGAAUUGCGCUGUCCUUGAUGGACCGUUGGGAGAUUGGCGGCUAUAUUGUUCCAGCCGUUUUUCUUCCAAUAAUGAAUAGCGUCCAAUCGUUCGAGAAGCAGGCGCCAAGGAACCACUUUGAAGAGGUGUUCCGUAGUGCCAGUGCCUUCUUCGAUGGCGUGGAAAAUGUCGAUAACAACAAUGCUCAAGCCUUACACAACCUAGACCUUGCAAAAUUCGUUCUCGAGAAUUUCAAUGUACGAGAGGAAGACAUGGUUCAGAUCCAUGUUCCUCUCUUGACGGUGUCACUACUUGUCAAGAUGAGUGAAGUCUCCUCUUUGACAGCGUCAUCGUCAGGAACAGUUGCAUCUAGGCAGGCAGUGUCAAAGUCAUUGCACAAGGUGCUCAUGUCAUUAACACCUCUGCUCACCGAGCGGGCAUUCUCAAAGAAGCCUGGCUCUGAGAAGUCUAGCGCCGCUGAUGCGAAGGCCCGAAGCAGCGACCUCCUGCAAAAGGUUCACCGAUUCUACGAGAGCAGCAAGCAAAGUCUUGAGCUGCCAUCUCUGCCAUUUGCUCCAAAGCAAAUUGGCGAGAUGAUUAUCAGGGAGGCUCAUGAGUUAUCUAUCCAGGCCCUGGAGAGCGAUGAUACCACCUCCUCACUUCACGAGAAACUCAAUAUUCUUGUGACGUUGCUCCAGAAACUUCCCAGGUCGCGUGUCCUUCGAGACAGACGACUUUUUGAAGCAGUCUCGGAAAGGCUAUCUAGAGAGUCUGAAGCCUCCACAACAGCAUCUUUUGCAGUUAUUUCAACCAUUGCGUCUGCUUUGACCAACCUUUUCUUCAUCCAAAGUCCUGGUUUCUACGUCGGCUACCCAGACGCAUCAGAUAUCAUCCCUAGCCUAGUGCAGAGGUUAUGGCAGUAUCUAUCGCCAUUAAGCCCCAAGUUCCACGUGGAGGCUGUACGAUGUUUGUGGUCACUGCAUUCAAUUUCCUGGGUGGAUCACCUUGUGGAGGCGUCCAUUACCUCAUUGAUGGUCAACCCGUCUGAAGCAGGCUCGCACCACCUUGCAUCAGAAGAGCAAGCCGAGAAGUUUUUCGUCUUGUGGAAUCACAGUCAUCAUGGCGGACAUGAUCAGCCCCCAAAGCAAGUUCUGGAUGUCGGGGGAACCUCAUUCUCCUAUCAGUGCUCGAUGCUCGAGCGUCCGUUGUUUAUUGUAUUAGAUCUUUUGUCACAAGAGCCUGGUGACGUUUCUCAAAGCGUUCAACAGUGGCUUCAGGACCUGCCAUCGAUCCACAGAGUUUUCCAUGUUGUUGUUUCCAAGCUCGAAGAGAUUUUCGAGCGCGACAUCCCUGGUGCGAGCAUUAAGCAAGCGGUCUCUACAGACGAUUACAAAGAAUGCAGUUACUUACUGCGCACGGCAUCCAAUAUUAUCUCUACCCUUUCCCACCCCGGGUGGAUUACACUCCUCACACAUACCUUAGGCCAACUGGAAAAACGGCCAAAUGGACCAGCCGUCGAUGACAAUGCAAACUCGAAAAGCCUCCACGCCACCCUAUUUGAGGCUUCCUUGCGAAUUAUCAGCGAUCAAGCUCCAGGCACCACACAGGUCACCCCGGAAGGAGAAAAGCUGCAGAAAGCUGCACUGUAUCUCAUGCGGCAGCUUCUUUUGGGCCCUGGUGCGGAGGACCUGGUCGAAUCUGGGAUUGAUGAUUUCCUGGUCGAUCGUCUCCUAGUUGCCGCGAACGAUGGAGGUAGCAUUGCUGUUCAGGGUGCACUCAUCGAUGCGCUUCUGGCGGCUCUCAAAGUACGCUUCGCGCAGGCCUACCUUCCGCCACCACCUCCACGGCCGAAGCACCAGCGAGCGGCCUCUCGUGAACGUCUAACAAGCCCUUCUAUCUUGUCGUUUACGAGCGAGAAGGCAGAAAGAGCACCGUCGAUGCCCCAACUACCGCUUCCGCCUGAGCGUCUCCUGGAUUGUCUCCUGAAGGGAAUCAGCUCCGCAAAGUCUCGAGAGAUUGUGGAUAAAUGGAUCGGCCUGCUUUGCGAAGUGCUUCCACUCUACUCACAUUCAAUCUUUCAGAUCCUUCUCAUGCUUGUUGAAUGCUUCUGCAGGGAGAUCAAAGCCUCAUUUGGGAGACUUCAGCUUGCAUUCCAACAAACACAAGACUGGCCACAGGAUCGUUCUGAGCAUGUGACCAUCGCUCUUCUUACGGGCCUUGAAACGUGUAUCGCAAAUGCCCACGAGCGUCUUCUUGUGGAAGAGUCAAAUGUCCCAGCCGCAAAGAGUCCCGACCAACCUCAGGGCUUCUUUGGUAACAUGGUGUCGGGUGUCUUCAACUCAGAUGGCAGUCAAGGCCGAACCAAUACCGCCAAUGACCGGUUAACCGUUCUCCUCUGCUUCCAGGACGCCGUUCGUCUUUGCUUCUCUAUUUGGGCUUGGGGAGCUGGUGAUAAUAGCGAGACUCCCCCUGACUCCGAAUCAAUGGCGUCUUUCCAAUACACAUCACUGCGCAUGCGAAACAGGUCACGGAGGAUUCUCGAGCAUUUCUUCGGCGCCGAGGCGCUAGAGUGCUUGGAGACAUUGGUAGAAAUGUGGGCCAAGUCAGACAUAGACACUGCGUCACUCAUCUUUAACCUUCUGCAUACCCUUGAUGGGUCAAGCCCGAAGAUCACAAUCCCGGCUGUCUUCAAUGCGAUCUACACCCGCACGAACCCGGCAGCUUUGGAUCAAAAUCGCAAGUCGUCAUUGACCUCCAGCUUGUCCGAAUCCGAGCUUGCGAGUUUCCUGGUCGCCUAUGCACGCUCUCUGGAUGACGAUGUUCUCGAUGAGAUUUGGACUGAUUGUACAACAUUCCUACGCGACGUGCUAAGCAAUCCAUUCCCUCAUCGCCAAAUUCUCCCACGGUUGAUUGAAUUCGCGGCCAUCUUGGGAACAAAACUGGAAAACACAACAUUCGGUGAAGAUCGGCGCAUGCGCAAGGAACUCGGGGACGUGGUUUUGCGGCUGCUUACCGCUGUUUUCACGAGCAAACCCCUUGGACUUCACCAAGAAUCUGGACUCAUGGCGAGAUCGUCUCUGGAUUAUGAUCGAACUGCUGUGUCUCAUACUGGCCCCGAUGAUAUGUUGAGUAUUUUGGCUGUAUCCAUGCCAUCCUUUCUCACAACAUUAGGCGAUUCCGAUCGUAUCAACACUGCCAUCAGUGCUGUUUCCACUAAUGUGGUAGGCCCACUGAUUCGCUCCCGAUUGUUCCCCAAUAACCUCAACCGCAACGUGAUGGUGAUUCUACAGCAAAUGGCUAAAGUUUCCGCCGCUGCGAAGAUCUGGAAGAAAGAUAUCUCCGAUGCCUUCAACGACACGCGCUUCUUUGGGCUUCACUUGGAUUUGAUAAAGAGCUGCUGGAUGGAACUUUUGCGGCAAUGGACUCUUGUCGACAAAGAUCGUCUGGCGGAAGUUUUGAGUCGUCUGCCACCACCCAGCGCGGCAGGAAUUAUGUUUGGUGUGGGAGCAUCUGCUGCACGAUUGGAGGCUGAUCGCAAGGCGCAGUUGAACCUUCGUCGCAUUUCCUUGUUGAUUCUCUCGGCAAAUGACGACUACUUUGUGGCAGAGCUACCAAGCUUGCUUCAAAAGCUCGAAGAUCUCCUAGCUGCGACCAGCGCCUCGUCACCGUCAUCGGCGACCCGGGCAGAGAUCUUCAUGGUCCUUCGUGCGGUGGCUCUCAAGACGUCUGCGACGGCGAUCGCACCAUUCUGGCCACUGAUCAACGCCGAGUUGCAAGAAGCUGUUGCAGCAGUGCCCCGGAACUCCCAGUCGGAACUCUACAACUCUUACUCGCUGCUUCAGGCAUGCAAGCUUCUUGAUGUUCUCUUGGUGAUUGCUCCAGAUGACUUCCAGCUCAUGGAGUGGCUCUUUGUGACCGACACGAUCGACGCUGUAUACCCUCCCAACCGCUGGGAACCAGUCGCUCUAGCUGAUGAGGUAUCGCAAAGCUUCGGACCUCGCGGUGUAUUCUCACCGACCGUUCCUGGGGAUUCCCCAGAGCCUGCGGCACGGGCUGGCUUCAAGCGACCCUGGCUCAUCUCGGACCAGAUUCGGGAAACGGCAAAGGAUGAGAUUGUCGAGCGAGUCUUGCGGCCCUUCUUUGACCGGUUGAGUAUCUAUGUGUUCGAAAGUACCUACGGAAUGGAGAGCGUUGAAUUCGGGGUGUGUCGGGAUGAUCUGUUGGCAGACCUGUUCAACGAGAGCACGAUGGCGAACUGA